UCCCAGUUCCCAAAGCAUUUUCCCCCAACCGACCAACUCUCGGUUUCGUUUCGCCAGCACAGCACACAAUCCCACACUGCGAUGGCAGCGCCGCCGGCGCCGGGGGAGGGGGAGCUGACGGAGGUGCUCAUCGGCGAGAUCAUCCACCGCUUCCCGCCGAACAAUCCGGCAUGCCUCUUCCGCGCUUCAGCCGUUUCCCGGGCGUGGCGUGCCUUCGUCACCUCCGACGAUGUCCUCCGCCGCUACCGCGAGUUCCACGGGGCACCGCCGGUUCUGGGCCUCCUGCAGAACCGCGAUCCUGCCGACGAACCAGAGCCUCCUGCACAAGUGCAGCCUCGCUUCUAUGCCACCGCUACCCCUCCCCCGCCGAUCAACCUGCCCAACAUCCAGGGCGACUACUCGCUCCUUCUCGACUGCCGCCACGGUCGCGUGCUGGUCCAUACCAUAUUUCCCCACGGCCUCAUCGUCUGUAACCCCAUCACCGGCGAGCAGCAGGUCCUGCCCGACUAUCAUGUGUUUCCCUUCAGUUGCUUCGGCGGAGCGGUGCUCUGCGCCGUCGACGACUGCGACCACCUCGACUGCCAUGGGGGCGCCUUCCGCGUGGUCUUCACGGGCACCAUCAACACCGACGCUGAAGCGGACGAACACAUCGACGAGGUCUUCACAUCGGCGAUCCUCUACUCUUCGGAUACCGGAUUCUGGACCGCGCCGACGACAGUCCACCCCGGCCCCCUCAUGAACUCCAACGACGUGAUGGGCCCAAGCCUGCUCGCCGGCGACGCGGUGUACUUCACCCUGGACCUCCAGAACAGCCGCACUGUUCUCAGGUACGAUUUGGGCGGGGCGGCCCUGUCUGUGAUGAACGCGCCACCGUCGGUCAGGACUAGGAGGGACACGUUCCUGGUGACGGGGGAGGACGAAGGGCUGGGGUUUGCCGCCGUGGAGGACUACCGCCUCCGCCUGUGGUCGUGGAGCGAGGCUGUAUGGGCGCCGUGGAGGGACAUCAGCCUGGAGACGAUGAUACCCUUGACCAUCGGAGACCCCACCACCGAGCUCAAGGUGAUCGGCUUCGCAGAGAUGUCUGGUGUCAUCUUUGUCAUGGCAAAUGGCAUCGUUUCCGCUCUCGAGUUGAUGUCUGGCGAAAUCAGCGAGGUCAGAGAGACGCUCAACUCCAGCACUAUCUUUCCCUUCGAGAGCUUCUAUACUCCAGGAAUGGGGGGUGCAUAAGGAUCUCACUUUCCAGUUCGAGGGUCUUCUUCAGUGUUAUACAUCUACCCUGGUAGCAUUGCAGGAAGAUAGCGUUCUUGGCCUUUCUGCAAGAGGGUAACUGCACUAGAAUUGUAGUACUCUCUUUGUGCUUGGGAACUGAACUGAUGGUAACUGCAGUAGAAUUGUAGUACUACUCUCUUUGUGCUUGGGAACUGAACUGAUGGUAACUGCAGCAGAAUUGCACUGUAGUUCGCAAUCAGACAAGGAGAAUCAUACGAUUCCUCAUGUUACCUUGAUGAAUUUUUGGUAACUUCAUGAUUACGCGAAGGUCUGUUAUGCUUAUUUUAGACUUCAAUUGUAGUUAAUGUUCUUCUUGUGUUCAGCGGGCUGAUUGGAUUUUUGAACUGAUGCGAGACUCUGCUUCUCUGUUUCUGAUGAAAGAAUCUGUGUGGAUCUUUUUCGUUUCAGUAUAA